CGGAACGCACAUUUCGGAACGCACUCCAUGAUUCAAAUAGCAACCAAAACAUAACCUACAAGUUGUCUGUUGCAUUCAGUUGUAUUAAGACAUUGUAUCGUUCAAACGGUAGUAAAUUAGUGAAAAAUCUAGUCAAAUCGUUGAAAAUGUCGUUGAAAAGAAAAUUAACACAGGAUGAUCUGCGUAAGGCAAUGAGCGAACACAGAAAGAAGCUCUGUGUAGUGAAGAAAAUUGACUCACCAUUAGCAAAGUAUACAGAUGCUGGUCAGCUUAUGUGCAUUUUAUGCAAAUCAAUUAUACGUAAUGAAACAGUUUGGCCUGUUCACUUAAAUUCCAAAGUACAUAAGGAAAAUAUUGCAUUAGCGAAGAAAACUAAACUGGAAACAGAAAGCACUGCAAUGACACCUAAUAUUCCAACAUUUAAAGAACCUCCAUCUCCAGCUCAAAAUGUUUCAAAUAAGAAGAUAAAAGGAAUACUGAAAAAUUCUUUUCAGCCAGUAGUGCAUAUGAAGUCAAACAUACCAGCUGAUUUUUUCGAUGAUAAUUUAAACAAAGUUAACAAUGAAUCUGUAAUACAAAAGUCGGAGAACAAAGAUUCUACAACUCCAGAUAUACAACAUAUGAAAAUAGAAGAAGAGAAAGAAAAAGAGAAAGUAAAAGAUACAAGUCCAGCUACGCUUCCAGAAGGAUUUUUUGAUGACCCAGUGAAGGAUGCUAAAGCACGUAAUGUUGAAUAUAAAGAUCCUAUGGAAGAAGAAUGGGAAAAAUACCAAAAAGAAAUUAAAGAAGAAGAUGCACAAUCUGCACAAAUUAUUGCCGAUGAUCAAGAAGAAGCCACAACAGAGAGACAAAUGGAGGAAAUUGAGGAGCAAAUGAGGCAUUGGUCUAGAGUACUGGAUCUCGCAAAGCACAUGGAACAAGUACAAGGCACCGAUAGAAAACAAGAUAAUAUCGAUGAUGAUAUAUCGAGCGGUGAUGAAGCAGAAUUUGACGAAUUUCUCGACUGGCGAACAAAAAAUUCAUAUAAUUAAAAUAUUUUAUACGUCCUAUUAUUUUGUAAAUAUAGUAUUGAUUCUGGUAAGUCAUUUAUAUAAAGUUAUAAGUC